GACCCGAGGGCGUCGCGGGGACAGGGGCUCGCAGGGCCUGGCAGCUCCGGCGGCGACCAUGGCGUACCACGGCCUCACGGUGCCCCUCAUUGUGAUGAGCGUGUUCUGGGGCUUCGUCGGCUUCUUGGUGCCUUGGUUCAUCCCUAAGGGCCCUAACCGGGGAGUUAUCAUCACCAUGUUGGUGACCUGUUCAGUUUGCUGCUAUCUCUUUUGGCUGAUUGCAAUUCUGGCCCAGCUCAACCCUCUCUUUGGACCACAGCUGAAAAAUGAAACCAUCUGGUAUCUGAAGUACCACUGGCCUUGAGGAAGAAGACAUGCUCUAUGGUGCUCAGUCUUGGAGGUCACGAGAAGAGAAUUCUUUCUAGAUGGGAGGUCACCUCCACACCCAGACCAUCUUUCUUGCCUUGCCUGUUUUGCCGUCUGCUGCCUUAAAUGUUCACACCACGUUGAGUGUCUUAUUCCACAAUGCAAUGUUUCUUCCUUUGCCUUUUUCUACACUUCGAUGUGCCUACAUAUUCUAAACUGUACCUGCUCCACAAGAUGGUGACGCCCUCUCCUGAGACAGGAUGUUCUUCUGAGAAACAUGCU